AUGGCCCAGAACGAUAGCAGUGGCUAUGACCAUGACCCAAUUCUACAGUAUAGACCCGCCUUCGUCGAGUCCUUACCAGUUCAGAUCCUCCUGUCAGGCGUGGUCCUCACGCUUGUCGUCGUUCUGCUUCUUCACCUGCUUUUUACCGCUCAGUAUCACUGGCCUCUAGCUCGUGUCAAUUACACGCUACAGCUUACGGGGGUGAUAACUUUGCUUGCUUCCGUCACCGCUACUAUCUAUGUCAUAUUCUCCUCCAACGUGGAGGAGAGCCAGCACUGGCCGUACAUGUUGAGCUAUCUGGCUGUGAACAUGCCAAAUCAUGGCGUCAAUACAACGGGAAAUACCACUGAUCCUGCUGUGGUAUAUGCACACCGAUGGUCACUUGCCGAGAGUGCUACGUGGACCGUAAUGAAUGCGACUACAUCUAUGGUCAUACAGGUUACCCACAUUCAUUUUCUGACCUUGCUGUUUCCCUCAAACCUGGAGGCAAGACUCAUUUUUGGCCUGCUUGGUCCAUUGGCAAUCAUCUCCGCUGUAAUGCAACUGCUCCCGAUCCUCUACGAGAUGACCCCACUCCCACUCGCGGAGGACACCCGGAACGUGUGCAAUGCAGCUUUGUCAUUGCUGUUCACUUCUGCAUUAAUAAUCUGGGGCUUUUUUGUUAACCGGGAGUCGGCAUGGCGCACCGAUGGCGGGACAUCAGCCUUCGGUGCUGGCGCAAUCGUUCUCGCUCUCAUGUCGACCACGCUCAAUUUCAUCUACAUACCGAGUCAAGACCAAUAUGGAUGGAUGCCAAAACUUAUGUGGAGCGUGGUCAUGUGGCAAAGUUUCCUUGGGUGGUGGUGGUGGGUUGGUUCUGGGAUGGGCGUCGGCGAGCUAGAAGAGCUACUGAUGAAGGAGGAAAAACGUGAAAAAAAGAGGAAACUGAGAGCACAGAGGAGGAAGGAGCAACGGGAGAAGGCCAAGACCAUGUGGAAGGGUGUCACCAGUGCAUUCACAACGAAGCGCGACCACUUUGAGAGCCGAGAUUCCGGCGAGGGGCACGAAGUACUUGACAAUUCUGAACCGCUGAAGGUUCUCGCUUCUGGCAAUGCCCUACCGACUGCAGGUUCAGUUACAAGUGGAUCGUCAAGGAGCAUGCUACCUCUACAAUUUGUAAACCGAUGGUAUGCACGCUUGCGCCAUGCACAUCUUACCGCAGCGAGAAUACAAGCUGUCGAGCGCGUGGAGCGCAUACAUCAAGUGUUCGGCCGUGAAGAGACCCGAAAUGCGAUGCGGGAACCUGGUGCCCAAGUUAUCGGAUGGGGACUAGGUAGCUAUGGAAUACGGGGCGUAGAGCGGGAUCGAAGGGAAGGACAAGAGCUACAGAUUAGGAUUGAAGAGGUCGAUGACAGAAGUGAUCCAGGCAAAAUCGCAGAACCAGAAUUACUGCCGCAGGACCAGUUCUUUCGGCGGCGUGGGUACCAACCUGAACUUCAGCCCUCGCAACAUGUUCCACCUGCGCCAGAGACGGACCUUGAACUUGGGUGGACAUCAUUCUGGUGGUGGGGACCUCUUCGGCGGUGGCGUUUACGGGACUCGACGGCUUACAGGUGA